ACUUCAUGAUCAAUAAACAGAAAUGAAGGAAAUGAGUAGCUGACACAAGAUCACACACUGAACUAUCUGCUCAGCUGCCUUUUGUACUGUAGACCAGUCUGACUUAUGGUAAGGCAAAUGAGGAUCAGCAGUACUUAUCUUCUUUUUCCUCUCUUUCCUUAUUCCUCACAUGCAAAUUAGUCCCCCCCAUAGUCAGAUUCAAUGUUUUAUACAAAAGGCACCAGUAUGGACAUAUCAAUUCAUGGGAUGUCUCCUGUCUUUGUGCUUGGCUGGCUUCCAAAUUCAAAUGAAUGAAUGAGGUAGAACUGGAUUGGAGACUAUAUGAGUGACAGAGAAUUGGUCAUAGGGAGAUCACAAGUGGGCAGAGAGCAACUGUCUUCUGCUAAAUCUUUAAUGAAUCAACAAAUGAUGCUACAUCUCUAUCACAGGGUCUGGGCUCACUAAAGCUUCUCAGUCAGAGAAGUAAAGCCUUUAGAUAUGCUUGGCAGGACAGAGGGGGACCCUGGGAACACUCUGAAGACAGCCUUUUCCCUCUUUUACAGUUGUAUCUGAAGACAAAUGAUAAAUGUACUGUUCCUGCUGACAAGGUUCUCUUAAAAACAUAUACUUCAUUGUGUGCAACUUAGUUUUCAGAGUGGCUGUUAAGGAUUAGGCUCGUUGUGGGGACUGGGGUGGGGAGCUGCUGUUGAUGUAGAGUGAACAGUACUCCUGUGCCUUUCAGAGGGGCAAUUUGGACCUCCUCCCUUGGUGCUUUUGUAGCAUGCUGUUGGCAUGGCACUUGCCUGGCUGCUGCUCUCCUAGCCUGAUCCCUGCUCCUUCAGGUAGGUCAUCAUUUCAGCUACUGUUUUCUGUUGGGCAGAUCAAACAGUAUCCAGUUUUAUCUGCCAAGCUUUACCUGCUGUCAUGAAAAUCAAUUCUCCCAUCCCUGUGUGAGAUAGACUAUUCCCUUGUGAAAUGCCUCAUGUCUUCCUCCUUCAAACUCUUAUUUUAACUUGUUUAUGGUUUGUCCAGGUAGCUUCUUAUAUGGCUACAUGUGGUUUAUACAGCUGGGAAAGAACCCUCCCAAACCUGCAGCUUACAUACUUCUUUCUCCGCCUCCUCUUCCUUCUCUCCUCCCUGCCCCCCACACCGGAAAAAAAUAUUCAACUAAUCAACGGUUGUAUCUAUUAAAAUAUUAGUCUGUGGGAUACUACAUGCAAGAGCAAAUCCUACAGAAACCUCUUGCACCUGCAGGGGAAAUGUUCCAUAUAUGGCAUCGAGGCUGGCAGAGACUUGAUUCGGAAUAAAAUUUAAAUGAUUCUGGUCGUUUUGCCACAUCCUGUUUCUCUCACUUAUGCAUGUACUAUUUUGAUAACCAGCAAAUACUUCUCAGUUCGCUGGAGCUAAAGAUAGCCUUGAAUUGUAGCACUACUACCCUGCUCCUUUAGAAGUGCUCAGGCUCUCUCCCCUUGGGGCCAGCCUCAAAACCUGAGGUGAGACUAGGUUUCCUUUCUGACAUUUCUUUAGGUUUAGCAUGAUUUCAUAACGGCUUUUGAAGUGUUUCAGAGUAACCAAACAGGAGGAGCUGCAGAGUUUCAAUUUCUGGUUACUCAAAUGACCAGUGCCAUCUCUUUGUAUUAUGUGAUCCUUUGUUUUGUGUGAGAUAUGAAGUAGACGAAGAAAAGCAGUUGGUAUGCUUCAAUUUCCUGGCUCUGCCUGGGGGCCUUCCCGUGUUAACUCUGUUUCUAGGAUUAGGGCUUUUUUGGCAUGUGAACCGUUAUCUAGAUCCCUCGGCUGCAACUUAGAGUUUACUUUGAUCUGAUAAUAUGUGUUAAUAGUGCAAAUGCUUUGUAUAGAGCUUUGACUUGGACUAGUGUUUUCCUAAUGAAGAAAAUAUAGCAUCUGUCCUGUGAAGACAGACUGAGUAGGAUUUGUUCACUAUUGAGAAGAGAAGGCUCCAAGGAGACCUUGCAGCACCUUCCAGUGCCUAAAAUGACUUACAAGAAGGCUGGAAAGGGACUUUUUAUGAGGGCAUGUAGUGAUAGGUCAAAGGGGAAUGGCUAUAAACUGAAAGAAAGUAGAAUUAGAUUGGAUAAAUUAGGUAAAAAUCUUUAUUGUGUGGGUGGUGAAGCACUGAACAGGUUACCCAGAGGAGCUGUGGGUGCCCCGUUCCUGCAAGUAUACGAGGCCAAGCUGGAUGGAGCUCUGAGCAACUUGGUCUAGUGGAAGGUGUCUGCCCAUGCAGGAGGAGUUGGAAUGAGAUAAUCCUUCCAAUCUAACCCAUUUGAUGAUUUUAUGAAAUGAGGAGGAAGACUACAAAUCCAGUUGAAUAACUGUCAGGGAUUAAAAUGGAAAAUUGGCUUAAUAGUGCUCCACUGCUGGAAAAUCCCAGUCUGGGCUCCAGAGCAGUUUGUGUGCACACUCAGAUGCUUACCUGUGCUGUUGCAUUCAGCCCCAGUGGAUACAGGCCUUCUCUUGAGGCUGAGAUCUAGUUACAAUUAAUAUUUUGUUACUCUCAAGUUUGAAGAAUGACUAGACUGGGGUUUUAUGCAGGUCUGUUACAUAUUUUGAAAACAAAGUUCUUUCUAACAUAUGAUGCUUUCUAGGCCUUUCACAUAACCUAUGUUAAAAUGACUCAGACUUUGGUAUAUGCAUGCUUUUGUUCUUCCCAAGAGAAAUGGAGAUGUAUAUUUUAACUAGAUAUUCAGAGAAGAUUUUCAUAGGACAAAAGUGAUAAGGAGUUCCUGCUACAGGCUUAUAGGUUCUUCAUGCUUCUUUUCCUUGGUGUAUCAGGAGAUGCUAGCCAUCCUGAUGCACUGUAGCUAUUUAAAUAGCACACAAAAUCCUUGGCAGUGCAGUGUCUGACAGCGCAGAAUGCUGCAGCUCCCAUGUGGCAGCUGGGAGCCCAGCAUAGAGUACAUUUGCCAUUACCACCAGUCAUUUGCUAUUUGUAGGUGAUCUGGAAUGAGGAUGAAGUCAGUGAGACUGUUCAGGUAAGCAAGUCCAGUAUUUUGGGGUGCCUUGGUCUCAUCAGCAAUCCUGGAACUACUCCGCUAAGUGAGACUAAUAACAUUUGGCUGUGUGUGUGGAGAGUUGUGUUCUUUCCAUUAAACAAAAUGUGACCUCUACAAGUUCUCCUUUUCUGGUGUAAACACAAUGUCUACACCAACUGGGGAACCUCUGUACUAGUGCUGCUGAUUCCAAAUAAAGUAAUAGUGACAAGACCCUUCCCUGGAAUUUACUCUGUUAAAUUCAUAAUGCAGCAAUGCAAGAAAAUGAACUCAUGGACCAGAUCCUUACAAGUGUUGUAAAUCUUGGUCACCUUAUGGACUUUGCUGGAAGUGCUCCAGAGUACACAAGGAAAUGAAUGGGAUCAUUCUCCUUUAUUCCCUAUCAUGACCAUCACCAUGCAUAUUUUAUUUUACUUUUAGUAUUUUUAUGUGGUUGAUGCUUCCUGUCCAAAGCAGGAAAGUUGGAACUAAGUGAUUCUUAAGGUGCCUUCCAACCCAAACCAUUCUGUGAUUCUAAAAAAUAUUUGCUUGCCUAUUUUUUCCUCAGCACUGCUGCUGAUGUUCUAUGAGCAGUUGUGCAGGGUAGAGAUGCAGUUUGUUACCAAGUUUCAGAUUCUGUUGCCCAACCCUUCCCGUUUCUCCUCCUUCUCUGCUUUGUGGAGCAGAUGGUGCUAAUUCCCAUGGUGGCUUUUGAUACAGCUGAAGUCUCUUCCCUGAUGCCUCUACUGUACCUGUGGUAUUUUUGGAGAAGAGAACACACAGUUGAUUAUUAUUUUUUGUUUAUGAUUUUUAGGAUCCAAAUUCAAAAAAGGAUUACAUUUCUUUUCGCUAUGCUCUUUCUCUUCCCCUUCCAACUUGUCCCAAAGAUCUGUGGUCUGAAAUUCUCUGCAACCUGGAGAAUAUUGCUUUUCAAUACUGUUGUAAGUUAAAUUACUUUUGCAUUCCUACAGACAUCUAUCCACCCACUGCAUGUUUACCUAUGUAAACAUCCUUCAUGUUGAUUGUACUUAUAUUUUUUUAAAGCAGAAAUGCUGACUCUUUCAUGUAACAAAGGUCAUUCUAUUGCUUUCUGUUUCAAUUAAGAGGCUGAAGUGCCAGUAAUUGCCAUUUUUAAUUAGCCCAUUCUUUGGUGCCCCUUUUCUCAUCCUUUGGGCCUCCCUCUCUCUUGUAUUAUACAAGAACAACAGGAUGAUGGUUAAAACACAUCUUCCUCUCCCCUGGGCUGCCAGUGUCUCCUGCCCACACCUGGCAGACCCCCUGUUAUGUUUUUUGACUGCUCCAACUCUAGCACCACAUCCCUGUCUUCAAUACAGUUCAUUGCUCUCUCCUGACCUUUCUGAUUCUUUUCAACUAUAUAUUUUUCUCUUUGCAGUUAAGUCAGUGGCUUUAUAUAGGUGAAAUCAGGAAUAGAAUUUCACCUCCUCCUCGGGGACCAGUUCUACAAAGAAGCAAUUGAGCACUGUCGCAGCUACAACUCUCGGCUCUGUGCCGAGCGCAGUGUCCGCCUUCCCUUCCUGGAUUCGCAGACUGGGGUGGCUCAGAACAACUGCUACAUCUGGAUGGAGAAGAGGCACAGGGGACCAGGCCUGGCCCCAGGUCAGCUGUACACAUACCCAGCACGUUGCUGGCGCAAAAAGAGGCGUUUGCAUCCCCCUGAGGAUUCCAGGCUGAAGCUGCUGGAAAUUAAACCUGAAGUUGAUCUGCCUCUGAAAAAAGAUGGGUUCACCUCAGAAAGUACAACUCUGGAAGCUUUGCUGCGUGGAGAGGCAAUAGAGAAAAAAACAGACACUAAAGAGGAAGACACUAUACAAGAAAUCCAGAGGGUUUUAGAAAAUGAUGAAAAUGCAGAUGAAGUGAACGAGGAAGAAGACUUGGAAGAAGAUAUUCCAAAACGAAAGAACAGGCCUAGAGGACGGCCAAAGACCCCCACCUGGAAAAAAAUUUUCCAGAAAAAUGCUCGGGGGUCUGGAGGUGGCAGGAGACGGAAUGAUGCUGCCUCCCAGGAUGAUAAUGACAAACCCUAUGUUUGUGACAUCUGUGGCAAACGUUACAAGAACAGGCCUGGGCUGAGCUACCACUAUGCUCACACCCACCUCGCCAGUGAAGAGGGUGAUGAAGCCCGUGAGCAGGAGACACGCUCUUCCCCUGUCCACCGAAAUGAAAACCACAAACCCCAGAAAGGACCAGACGGGGUCAUCAUUCCCAAUAACUACUGUGACUUCUGCCUCGGAGGCUCCAAUAUGAACAAAAAAAGUGGCCGGCCUGAGGAACUUGUAUCGUGCUCAGACUGUGGGCGCUCUGGACACCCGACCUGCCUGCAGUUCACCACAAACAUGACUGAGGCUGUUAAAACCUAUCAGUGGCAAUGCAUUGAGUGCAAAUCCUGCAGCCUCUGUGGGACCUCAGAGAACGACGACCAGCUGCUCUUCUGUGAUGACUGUGACCGUGGCUAUCACAUGUAUUGCUUGAAUCCACCAGUCUUUGAGCCCCCAGAAGGGAGUUGGAGUUGUCAUUUGUGCCAAGAGCUGCUCAGAGAGAGAGCAUCAGCUUUUGGCUACCAGGCCUGAGGAGCUCCAGCAGUCAAGAAACACCUUGCUCCUGGUGUUGCCAUACCAGCACACAAUUCCCAUCCAGAACACAAAGACACGACCCACAUCCAAAUGAACGGACACUCAAAUACAGGAAGAGGUAUCUGUGGUAUUCACUGUCACUAAUGCCAGACCUCCUGGGCUCUGCUAGGACUGGGUACUUUCCCGUGAUCCGGAUGAAAUCUCUUCACUGCUGUGCAUGGUUGCUGCUUGCCAUCAACAGGCUUACAUGCAUUGUGGAAGGGGGAGGGUUGUUGUACCUACAUGGAGAAGUCAAUUUUGUGUGGCCUUGUGCUUUCUGUUUAGUCUUUUGUUUUGUUGUUGUUUUUUUGUUUUGUUUUUGUUUUUUAAUGAAAAUGUAGUAAGAUAUUUCCCAAGGAAUUAUCAGUGAGUACUUCAGCUGGGAGCAGCACCAGGUGUUUCUCUUCACAGGCUUGACUUGAAAUCUCUUUACUGCAACCACUCUGUAGAUGCAUGGGUGCUUAAGAGGGGUGCUCUGAGAGUUGUGUUUAGUUCAAUAAUUCCCAGUCCAUGAACAGCACAUUGUCACUAAAAGAAGCACUCAUCAAAACUUUCUGGGGUGACACUUUCUCCAUUGAAUCAAAUGCCCUGAUUUGGCAGAUCAUUAGGAAUCUGUUUUAAGUGUAAGGAAGAGCAGUACUGAUAUGUACAAGCUCAGAUGCUUAUAAAUGCCUUUGGUAUUCAGGAUAUUCAGGCAUACUGUCCCACUGCAAUGCCAGCAAUACCUUCCAGACAUGUAAUUUCUUUCUGAUCAGAAAAUUCUGAGUGAAAAAUCUUACGUAUAUGCAACUGACCUUCUGUUUAGCUCAGAAAAGUGAACAAAAGAAAAACUGUCAUCUUAAGUUGAUCAUAGAAAGUAAAAAUUGUCAGCUUUCUGAGCAAUCUAAUGUAAGUUGCAAAAGGGAACAAUUUUGGCUUAAGAUCAAAUGAAGCACUUUGAUUAAUUUUUUGAAAUUUCUGAACUAAAAUGUUCUGCAACUGAAAGCUGCAUUUUCUGGGCAUUGCCUAAUCCAGUCUUUCAGCAUUUCUGAAGUGUUACUGUUUUUUGUCAAAGUAAUUCUUGAGAUCUAACUAAAUUUCCCAAUAAUUUUUCCCCACAUUCCCUACAACCACAUCUUUGGCCAAUGACAUAAUUUGUCUAAAAACCUUCCCCAGCUCUAAAGAGAAGAAUAAUUUGCUGAACCUAACAUGAAAAGAAGAAUUUUAAGAAUAAUUAAAAAAAAAUAAAUAGGAAUAGUUCUACUUUAUUUAAACAAAGAUUUACACGUGAAAUGAAGAAAUUUUAAGUGAGACCAACCAUUGAAAAAAAAAAAAAUAUUGUAGUUGAAUCUCUUUGGAUAAUUUAAGACAUUACUAGGAGAAUAAGUACAUCAAAUAUUUUCUACAAAAUACAUCUUUAAGGUUAAAAACCUACUAUUCCCUAAGCUGCCAAGUAGCCCAGAAUAACCAUUUUUUUUGGUAUAAUGUAUAUCACUUUCUAUGCAUAGAUUUAAGUGUGUUAAUAAUAUAAAUUUAUGAGAGCAGCAUGUGACUCAUGUUGCUUGUACAAGUAGGUAAGGAUACUGAAGAUUAUAUUUGGCAUGUUUAUAUUGGUUGAAACUCUUCUGCAAAAUGAAAUGUUCCCAAACACUUGAAAGAAAUUGUGAAACAAUAUUUUUUCUUCCUUCUCCUGCUAAUUAUACUUAGUUAGGAUGAGCUAUACUGACCUAGUGCACUUUUUCUCAUUAUUUAGAUAGUUUCUUCCCCUUUUGUUCAGCUCGCACAUCAAAAGUAGCUGUGUCAGCUACUGAAUUCUCCCACCUACUGUUGCAGCCUCUUCUCAGGCUGUAGCAGGAGUAUUUUAACCUGUUAGGAAAAAAAUGUAGAAAGUAUUUAUCCUAAUUGUAUUGGACCAAAUCUCUCCUGGAGCAGCUGCACUGGCUACCUGUAAAAUUCAUUCAAUACCUUGUGCUUUCCAUGUGACAGCCCUUCAAUGAACUGAGAACACAAAGAAAUUUGAGCAUCAAGUCUGGAGAGAGCAAAGUGGAAGCCUGUGCACUUGCAUCAGGUGUCUGAUACCUGUUGGAACAAGACCCUUGAGCAAAUAUAAAGCAUCUUCUUCCCAGUCUGGAAGAUGCCCUGGCCCUAGGAAGCACUUGGAGGACAGAGCUGAUCUGCAAGAGCAUUUACACUCUUCCAUUGGUGUGGUUGAACCCUGCUGAUCUGGCAUUUUGGGACCAUCACAUGGUUCAGUCUGAUACAAAAUCCUGUUGCUGUUGUGGCCAGGAGUGCAAGUGUGUAUUCACCAGAGACACCAUUGGGCUCUCUCACAGAAAAUGGGUGUUUUGGGAAGAGUGAAUGGAAAUGAGAAGUGUGUGUGCUGGAGGAAACUUCUGUGGUGGUGGUGCUGCUGGUGGGAUCAGCAGAUGUGAGUUAGUGUUUGGGCUGGUCCUCAGCUACCGGGACCUAGAGACUCCCAUCAUAAAAAUCACCAUUGCCUUCCAGUGUCCAGAUGUUUACACUGACCUUGAAGGAGUAGGAAAUGUCUGCGUUCCUAAACAGAGAGGACAUGCAUGUUGUUUUGGCCUGUGUGUUAAGCAGACACUGGUGGCUCAUCAUGUAAUCAGAUAGCCUGGUUGGUGGAACCAGCUGGUGCAGAAUUUCAGUGGUCUCCAUCCCUAUGACAGAGACAUUGCUAAAGGAGCUGUGUUCUCUCUGCACACCUGCUUUCCUAUUUUGUAGUUUUGAUCCAGAGCUGUUUUUUCCUCCCACAACCAUUCUGCAGCCAACAAUAUCUUUCAUGUUCAGAGAUACUCCUCCGUGGCCUUGCUGAAGUUUCAUCACUAAUGAGGUAUGACAGAAGGACAGAUUGCUUAGAACUUCAAUGCCAAAGAGCUGUUUACCAUCUGAGAUCAGUGUGGCAGGGUGCUUGCCCACAGUGGACCAGCUGUGUUUAAUCUCUCCAGCUUGAUGCUGUGUGCUGUGUAGCCAGGCAGCUCCAGGUGACUUUGGCAGCAGAUUAGAUACAAUCUCUCCCUUGUGGAGAACUUCCUCCAGCUACAGCAUCCCUUCUUCACUAGCAGAGUCCAAGAUAUGGGGCUGGAAUGGACCUCUCAGUAACAUUUUUAGCACGCAUUUGGAGCCAUGUGUAUUGGUGCACUUCAGAAAUACUGACUGACCUCCCAGGUGAAAAAUGCACCACUUUGCUGACAUGUGGAGAGGUUGUGGCACUACCAUGGGGAUGAGGAAGAGGAGUUUAGAAAACCCGAUUCCCUGUCACCUGCUGCCCCACUGGGGAUAGUCCUCCUGCAUGACUGCUGGGAUGUGUGACUUGGGCAACACCAUCUGCUGUCAGGCAAAUCUUGCCUGUGAUCUGGUCUGGCCACUAAACAGUGUGAGGGCUCUGGCUCAGUGCUCAGCUGCUCUCUCUUUUGCUAUGGCAGAACAUGCAAGUUUAUGAGAUGAACAAACUGAUGUUUUUCAAAACCCUUCUGUGUAAGGAAGGCAAUUCAUAUUUUAGCACAAAUCAGGGCAAAAUACCAGGAGAUAGUAGAUCCUGUAUGCCUCAAAGACUUCAAAUCAAGAAUGGACAGAUUCCUAGAUGUAUUUUAAUUUAAUGCAAUCUUAUUUAAUCACAGGAAUGUUUGACUGGAAAAGGUUUGUGUUAUAAAGGAAGUCAGACUGGAUGAUGUAAUUGUUCUUCCUGGCCUUAUUAUAAAACCAGAUGUUUACUGUGGGAGAGGAUGUAUUUAAAUAAAAGCAUGUCUGCA